ACGAAUCCGGAUACACAACAGUCUGUUGUCAGUUAGGAUUUUUAAAGCGCUGCGGCGCGCGUUGCCAAGGAACGGACCGUGCUGGAUCUCUGAUCGAUUACUUCUGUGAAUGUCGAUCGAUUAUCAUGAAUGAUCGCGUGAAGCGCUGAAUGAUCAUGUCUGCGAGUAACGAGGAGAGUUUGUCUCCGGAUGAGAUGCGACAGAAGCUCUAUCAGACCUUCAAGAGCCGCGGGCUUCUGGACGCGCUGAAGACGCAGCUGAGGAAUCAGCUGAUCCAGGAGCUGCAGCCGCCGGCGGUGCGGAGAGGAGACGCUCACUCUCUGUUACUCACCGCAUGCAACAGCGUCAUCGUCCAGCACCUGCGGAGCGUCGGGUGCGACUACACGCUGUCCGUCUUCCUCCCCGAAUGCGGAAUGAGCAAAGACAAGGUGUUAUCAGCCAGAGAGCUUCUGCAGCUCAUGAAGAUCAGCCCUCACACACCGUUACACAAAUCUCUGGUAUCGAAUAUUCAGAAAGGACAGACAGGUUUCCUGAUGAGUCUCUUCACAGAGCUCACUGACCAUCACGUUUACAGAGACCGCUGCGACGCUUCCACCCAGUCCACCUCCAUAUCAGCGCAUAAAGAGUCACUCGUUGAGAAGCUGCAGCUGAUUGACGAGGAGUAUGAAGUGCUUCGGCACAGAGGUGACCGCUGGCCGUCAGUCGAGGCCAAGCUGGCGGAGUACAGGAAGGAGAUACAGGAGCAAGCGCAGGUGGAGCUCAAAGCUAAGCUGCAGCACUUCAUGGAGGUGGAGAUCGCGAAGGUGAAGAGAGACGAGAAGGAGGCCUCGCGGAGAGAAAUCCUGGAGCUGCGGCGAGACAUGGAGAGAACGUUUGAUCUGAAGUCUGAGGCUCUGAUGAGCCGAGAGAAAAACGCCAUCGAGAGGUUACAGAAACAACAGGAGAUAGAGGAGAAGGAGAUUUAUGCUCAAAGACAAGCCCUGCUGAAAGAAAUCGAAUCUGUGCGGAGCAGAGAGAUUGAGCUUAAACAGAGGACGGAGGCCUUUGACAGAACCUGUAAGCUGCAUGAGGAGAAGGUGAAGGCCAUGGAUGAUCUUCUGAGGAGAGAACUGUCUGUGAAGACCACGGAAGACACGUUUGACCAGAAACUGAAGAGCGAGUUAGCGAACUAUCAGCUGGAGCUGAAGGAGGAUAACGUGAAGAGAACCGAGAAACUGACAGAAAAUGAGAAAAGGAUUAAAGAAGAAAUGGUUCGUCUGCAGAAAGAAUCUGCUAUUAUUGAUGCAAAAGCAGAAGAGCAUGAGAGAAGUUUAUCAGAAGUCAAGCGUCUGCUGAUGGAGCUGGAGUCGUCCAGAUCGCAGGCGUCUCUUCUGGCUCAACAGAACGAGCUGCUGCGAGAGAGACUGGAGAACCUGAGCGACUAUCCAGCGCUGAAGAAAGACACACAGCAGCUGCAGACGCACAUCAGACUGCUGGAACAACAGCUGGAGGAGAAGCGCCUGGAGAACCAGAGACUCAGACAAGAGCUCAGCGCGCCGUCGAAGGAGCAGCUGGCGCUGCAGGCCGAGCUCAGGAGACUGGAGACGGCACGCAGACUAGACGAGGAUGAGUUUGAGACGCAGAAAGACGUCUUACACACACAGCUGCAGCACGAGGUGCAGCAGUGUGGGCUGCUGAGGGCUCAGCUGAUGGAGUGUGAGGAGCGCGUGAAGUGGAUGAACACUCACGCUGAAGAGCUCAAGCUCCAGCUCCAGCAGACACAGCUAGCUCUGGAGAACGAGGUCCUCCGCAACCCCAAGCCUUCCCUGGUAGAGCGUUCUGUUCUGAGUUUGAUUCCUGACAGGCUGCUUCCUCCUGACGUUUACAUAGACGCCGCUCUGCUCCGAAAGCCCAGAGCCGCUUCUGACGCUGAUUUAUCUGAAGCAGGGCCGGCCCUCAGGGGCCCGGGGCCCCCGGAGCGUGACUCUGAGCUGGUGAGCGGCGCUCUGGCCCGGAUACGAGAGCUGGAGCAGGAGGCCGAGCGUCUGGAGGAGGCGUACAGGAGCCACCAGCACAGAGCCGCUCGAGCGUCUGCUGAAGAUCUCACGCCUCCCAGAGUGACCUACAGAGCACCGCCCCGGGUGAGCCUCGCUUCUGCAGGACGUCCUGUCGAGCAGCAAUCCAGCAGAACUCCGUCCCCGCUGAGACUCAUCUCUCCUCCAGCCAGACGUCUGUCCUCCACACCGCUGAGCAAACGCGGAGCAGACGCCGAUCACACGCAGGAGCGUCUGAGGACGAGUCCCGUCUCUGACGGAGCGGCGCUGGUGUUUCCAGAGAGACCGAUCUCACCGAUCCCUGCCUCCAUCAGUCCUCCCAGCAGCCCCAGGAUGAAGAGCACCACUCGCCACAGCCGCAGUCCACCCAAACUGCAGGAAGUCAUCUCCAGUUCCUCUGAAGAGUCGUCACCUCAGCCGGAGAAGAUCACGCUUCACGAUCUCAGCGACCCUGUGCCACUGCCGUCUGUGGAUCAGGAGUGUGUCCUAGAGAAGCUCCAGGAGUCACACGCAGAUGAGGAAGAGGAGAGGAGCUGGGAGGAGGAGAGGAAGAGGAGAGAGGAGAGGAGGCAGAGGGAGAGAGAGGAGGCGCAGGAGAGAGAGGAGCGAGAGCUGCAGAGACUCCAGCAGCAGCUGGAGGAUCAACAUGAGGAACGAGCUCAAGCCGAGAGAGAGGAUACAGAGAGUCAUGUGACAUUACCGAGCGCAGUGAUUGGAGGAGGAGCUGAUGUGGCCAAUCCUCUUCACAAAUACAUGAUGAUGCUCAUGCAGGACAAACACAAGGAGCAGAGCACAAAUAAAGAGGCAUCAGAGAAGCAAAGUCAAGAGGAGGUUCUGGAGUCUGUGAAUAAUGACCGCAGCGUUGAUCUGAUAUCCCACGAGGAACCAGACGACGACUUCUGGUGAAAAAACAUCCAACAACCAAAAACAACUGCUGGAUGACUUUCAUGUUUUAUAUAGAAAACUUUUUUUUAAAUAUUAGCUGUAUAACAGAAUUUUUUUUUAAAUUAAAUUUUUCAGUUUUCUAAUUCACAAAUGAUUUGUGUGAAUGAGUGGCUUUAAGGCUGAUGUGAAUAAACUUUAUAUCUUUGGUUAA